AUGGAAAAUAUCAGCGAUGAUGAACUGCGAUCAGCUUUGUCUAGAUAUUUAGAUGUUGUUCCACCAGUGACAGAAUCAACUCGAGCAACUUUGAUCGCUAAGCUGAAAAAGUGCAUAUCAAAUGGUUCUGAGAGUUUAUUAAAGGAUACUCCACAAAACGUCGUAGAUAAUCUUGGCAACGUAACAGAAGAUAGACCAAUACAGACUUUAAUUUCCGACAAUAAUCAUGAAUCACCGAAAUAUGAGACGACUGAGGUACUACAGAGACCCUUGUCUACUAAAGAACUAUCUGCAAGUUUUAUGAAUGGGUUACCAGUACAAAACCACUCAUCUCCCAUACUAGAAUGUGUUUCUCGACUUCCAAGUUAUCGUCGUCGAUCUAUACAUCCAGACCGACCAGGAAUAGAUGACCCCUACGCUGAUGAUUUGGCUUGGUUUCCAUCGUUAUCAUCAACAAAAUGUCGUGAACCGCCCAACAAACAAAAGGUGUUUCACAACACGAAAGGAAUUAUCAGGGAAAAUCUUAUAAAAUCUUUUUUGUAUGUCAUCAUUGGUUUGAUGUCUGUCAUUCUCGAUUGUUGCUUUUCCUCCCUCUCUAAAUUAACGAAUGCCGUAUCCACUUGUAUACCAUCUUUACGGAUCUGUCUUUGUGUCAUUUUAUUUGGACUGCUUUUAUGUGGACUGUAUAAGCUUCUACUCGGGGAUCCAUUUUAUCAUAAUCCCGUGGAAGAUCUAUAUAACAUCAUACAGUUUCCUUUUGUUAACAUGUUAGGGUAUACUACUGUUCCUCGCUCGGAAUUAUUUACACUGAAUACCCCCCCUAAGUUUCCUUCGAAGUGUGGCUGCGAUUUUUUACGGUCAAUAUUCUCUAACACCUGUCCAUGGCAAAAUAACAUCGUUGAAAAUGAGGAACACCUUGACACUACUACUGUACUACGGUGUAAUCAUGCAUGGAAAUUACCGUUUACUACUUCCCAACCAGUUUUUUGCGAGCAUAACAUAGUUAGCGUUCCAGUCAACGUAGUUCGAUUUGGUUAUUAUGGCGGUUUUAUGUGUUUGACAGUCUUUAAUGAUCCUUCUAAACGUAAUUAUCUUCAAUUUUAUGUAUGCUCACCCGCUGCUGAAAGAUUAGCUGGGAAUGGUUUUAGAUCUAUUACUGGAAAUCUACAAUAA